AUGAGUCUCCUUUCACUUAACGAGGAUGCCCUUCUCCUCCUCGUAUCCUUCCUCAGCAGCCAAGAUGCGCUCCGUCUUUCCGAGACCAGCCGGAAAGUCCAUCUCAUCGGCAUACAGCAGGCUCUCUCCUCAGUCACAUUGACCAUGCCCCACCAACUCCCCUUAUUGCACAAAUUUCUUCUCUGCCCCUCGGCUGGUCACCACAUCCUGUUUUUGCGCCACUUGCGGACUAGGUGGAACGUUUGGGGAGUCAACGCGCGUCCCGAUUUCUCCAACAUCGCCCUCUUAGCAGACAUUCUUGAGCAGGCCCUCAGACUCAAGUCUGUCUGUCUCCACAUAUUUGAUGAACUCAUCAAGGCCGAACCGCGCAUCCUAUCAGCGCUCGUGGCGCUCGACGGUCUCGAAAACGUCGAAGGGAUACGCACCCGUAGUUUCACCCUGGAGUCGCUCCACAGGUUCCGUAGCGGGCUGAAGAAGCUCCGUCUUUGCUUUGCAGACGAGUACUUCUACGGUGGUGUUCAACUCGCCCGACCAGCAUCGUACUUCGGGCAGUUGUCCGUCCUCCGAGAACUUGAGGACCUCGACCUACAUAAUCUCAGGAUCACAUAUGACGAGCCAGCAAGUCAGUACACCGUGCAGCCGUACGCGGGACCGCGCUGGCCAGCAAUACGGCAUCUUACCCUAUCCACUGUCUCGAUACCGGCACCCUUGCUUGCGUACGCGUUUCCCAACGUGGAGCAUGCCGCGUUAGACAACGUCGCGAUCACCGAUGUGGCUGCGUUGCAAUGGAUCACUCCAGAAGAUACCACCCGGAUGCAUGCUGCACCAGUCCAUUCGAUCGACCUCGAUGCAACGUAUGGAUAUUCCUUGUACGGUCUCAAAGAUUGGCAUGUCGAUGUCCUUCGGACCAUGUCACCCUUUCUACUCUCGGUAACCGCUGCUCCACUUAUGGACUCAUGGCCAGAACUCAUCCAACUUGCACCGAGACUCAAAUACUUGUACGCGCGACUGAAUACGGGCCAGAUGCUUAUCACUGAAUCUCAGUCUAACCUGGUUCAGAAAUGGCUAGACACCGUGCCUGCACUACUGCCGUCAGGUGUGAUUUGCGUUCGGGUCUACGUGCAAGACCCCGGGCAAUACUGGCACGAUGAAAUAAGAGACAAGGUCUUCAACGCCGUCCCAUCUGUUUGGUACAUCGCAGCGCAAUCGGUGCACUACCGAGAGGACUCGCCAGAGAGUGAUGUCAUAUGGUGGCGAGUUGACAGGACAGCUGACACCCGGAGAUUGGUGGAGAUCUCACGGGAGGCAGGCGCAGGAGUGCAUGCCUACCUGCAUUCUGGAGAAUUCGAGAAGCGGGUUCGAGAUGAUGAUGCAUCUAUUCCUGUUUUCGGAUGA